GAGCUGCCGCUGCCCCUGGAGCACUUCCUGCAGCGGAUGGCCCGGAGACCCCGGCCCCAGCAGUUCUUCGGCCUCAUGGGCAAGCGGGAUGCCGGAUAUGGCCAGAUCUCUCACAAAAGGCAUAAAACAGACUCCUUUGUUGGACUUAUGGGCAAACGAUCUUUAAAUUCUGGAUCCUCUGAAAGGAGCAUAGCACAGAAUUAUGAAUGGAGGCGUAAAUGAGACAUUCCCGUGCAUUAUUUAUUAAACUUCAUUUGUUCCAAUGGCCAAUGCAGUGUAAUAUAAAGUAACCACUGUAUGGAAUAUUUAUUUAUUUAAUAAUAACUGAUGGGGUUUGGGGUUUUUUUGAGUUCAAUAAAAUCAUUCAAUAAAAUGGUUAUUUUUCAUAUUGUGGCAGCGAUACAUGUUGUGUAGGUGCGUUGUGGUUCUGAAAGGACCAGCAACCCUGGUGACGUCUCACCACAAAGCACAUUGUUUGAUAUGACCCAUAAAGUUAUGUUCACUAAACAAAGAAAAUAUUCUUUUGUUCAUUGAAAGCAAGUCUAUCAGCUUCACAGCCAGUGCAGAACAGAGCUGAUGUACAGUCUAGUGCCUGAAUUUGUUUUCAUGGUUUAUAAUGUACUGUAAUUUCCAUAUCAAAAAAUAUAUUUGUAUCAUUGCAGCAUGUUUUACGUUUUGUGACUACGUAUCUAAAUAUUUUAAAAAGCAGGGGUGGGUAAGGUUUGAAUGGGAAUCCGAGGUCUUCAUUUCAUAGUCUGGAAUUUUAUGAUAGUAACAUUUUAAAUAAAAACUGCUCUGGGGAUUUUGCAACA